GGAUAUACCCGUAACACCGACCGGCGUUAUUGGCCUUUUCACGCUUAGGGGGCGUUAAACACCUCCCCUGGGGCUUCAUUGCGACGUCACAGCUUCCGCGUCAUUGGUUUGACGCAUGAUUCACCCCCCCCCCCCAACGGCUAAUAUAACCGUUGAAACCAAAAAAAAAAUAAUUAUUUUUUUAUAAAUUUCAAACUCCUCCACCUCCAUUUCUCACACCUUCAACCUUCUUCAAUCUUCUUCAAAUAUUCUUUAAUUUUCCAAUUCUCAAACUCUCUUUUGAACAUGUAUCCUUCCCGUUCCAACUUCUUCCCCGACGAUCUCGACCCUCACGAGCACGCGACGUGGUAUUUCCAACAAUUCGGGAAUCAUCCGCCAAUGUUUGAGACGCAACAAUCGGGGUACGUCGAGCGAGAGUCGGUUCCGGAGACUCAACCCGGACCAUCCGACACCAAAAAAAGUGCACGCCGGAAGAGCCACAAAACGAAAGACACAAUGACCGAGGCGGCACGAUCAAUCCAAAAGUGGAUGCCGGAGGAAGAGUGCUUAUUGGCGUCGGCUUGGGUUGACGUCUCCGAGCAUCCUAUCGUUGGUUCGGAGCAAACGAGGGAUGCGAUGUGGGAUCGUAUCGAGGAGAAGUUCUUCACGGCGAUGAACAAGGACGACUCCUACCGUACCUGGGACCAACUCACUUCCAAACGGAGCCACAUCAACCGUAAAAUCCGAAAGUUUAUCGGAGUUUACGAGGAAUGCGCCCGGUCCCGGAGGAGCGGGACGAACGACGUCGAUGUUCUCCGGCUUGCCACAGCCCGGUAUCAUGAUGACGGGAACCAAGGCAAGGUGCCCAUCGAUCUUUGGAGGAUUUUGAGUCGUUCUCCGAAGUGGCAACAACUCAACAAUCCUGACAGUGGAUCGUCAAAGAAAAGAUCCUCCGUCGACGCCGAGGUUGAGGUCGAAGACACUAUCGGUUCGUCCGAACAAAUGCUUACCUUCAACGUUGCGGAUUCCGAUGACGAGGACCCCAUUCCACGGCCGAUUAGAAGAAAGAAGGCAAAAUCCAUUGCCUCAGGUUCUGGAGGGUCCGGCUCUGUUUUUGUUUCUUCUCGCGACGAUAUCGGUCGGGCAAUGGUUGAACAACUUCGGGUGUUCAAUAUUCGAGAAAAAGAGAGGAUGAAGCGAAAGGAGGAGAAGGACAAGAUCAAAAUCAUGGAAACCGACCUUUCUACAUUAUCGGGCUUCAAACGAAUGAUCUUCGAGAGAAGACAAAAAGAGAUCAAAGUCAAAUAUAAUUUACCUUAGUUUUUUUUUAUUAAUGUAUCUUUUUUAUUAUUAUUUUCGCUUUCUUUUUUUAAUUUAAUGAAUGUAAUUUUUUUAA